CCAGCUCACUCUAAACAACGCGACACCGCUCACACACAGCGGCCCCUCGCUCCGCUCGUGCCCACUCGUGCCCGCCCGUGACGCCGCAAUGUCCCACUCGAGCGACACGCCACACACGCACCUCCCGCCCCCCGCCGCGCCGGCCUACCUCCACCGCCUGGUCGGCCAGACGCUGCAACGGCGGGGGUUUGAGGCGUGCGAGGCGGGCGCGUUGGGGGAGAUGGAGAGGUUGAUCGAGCAUCACAUCCAACGCCUCUUCACCCUCGCACACGACUACGCCGCCCUCACUGGCCGCACAGCCCCCAACGCGCGCGACCUGCUCGCUGCGCAAGAGGCGAGCGGGUGGGGCGUGCGCGACCUGGCGCGCGAGGCGAAGAAGCAGCGUAUCGGCGUCGACCUCGUCGUGGAGGAGGAGCAGCCCGAACCGACCCCUACGCCAAAUAUCACGAGCGUGCCCGAGGAUGGCGGCGACGUCAAACCGCGCCUCGAGCGCACAAUACCGCCCUACGCUUACGACUCGGCGCCCAGCCUCCCCCCGGCGUGGACGUACAAGCCUGACCGGCCCCCUACGCCGCCAUUACCCGCUGGCAAUGUGACCUCUGGGGUGCUCGACUUCAUCAAGCUCACGGCUACGGAGCGCGGAGACAUUCCGCCCGAGCUGGGACUGGUCGACUACCGCCGUGGCGAUGGGCGCGAGGCGCGUAGGAAGUGGGGCGUGCGCGGCGUCGGCGCAGCGUAAGUUGAGUUGUAG